AUGGAUAACAAUGAACUCAAAAUUAUCAUUCCCGUGGUUCUGGGUACGAUAGUCAUAUGCCUGAUAAUGUGUGCUGCUGUUGCCCUAGCCAAAUCACGAAGAACAACAUAUCGCACAGAGCGGAUCGAUAGCUUUAAUGAGAACAUAGAGCAGGGAUCAAGUAAUAGCAGCUGGCUUCGAUCACCAAGAUCACAGCGCUAUAUCCAAAUCCCCGAACCAGCAACAACAAGACCAGCAGAACCAACAGCUGUAAGCGAUCCACCGCCCGCUUAUCAACAAUCCCAACAUGAUGUCCGUGUACAAAUUUCCCCUGCAUGA